CAGCAGGUUUAUAAAUGUUCCCACCUUCUUUUUUGUUACUGUUUUCUAAAUUUCUUUUUUCACCCAGUCUCACAAAAGCACACAUCACUAUUACUACCCCACAACGCCGGGAUCGAGGGUAGAAGAAGAAUGGGGACUGCAGCUUCAAUACGGACGGUUACAUCAAAUGCCUCGAGCAUAAAAGAAGAGUACAAAGCGAACGACGCUGAUUUAGAGCAACAAGAUCAACAACAUAAUAACGAACAGCUAGCAUCAACAAACUAUCCACACCUGUUGGAAUCAGCCCCCUUUCCAUCAUUGGCUUCAGUAAACGAGAUCACACGUGUUUUUUCAAAGCGUACGGAAAAUAGCGAUAAUAGAGACGACGAUAACGACCAUGGUGAAAAAACGAUUACACCGUCACCUGUAGAUGAUAAAAAGCCUUGGGAACAACCAUUAGAAACCGAAGGCUGGCGUAAUCCUGGCUGGUGUGCAGUCGCCGCUGCCUUUUUAGUCAACUUUGCAGUUUUUGGCAACACAUUUUCAUGGGGAAAUUUUCAGAAAUUGUAUCUUCAAGAAGUGUUCAAGGAUGAAACGGACCAACUCCAGAUCUCUUUUAUCGGCACACUCAGCAACUCGGUGUUGGUUUCGUUCGGGGUCUUUUUAACACCAUUGAUACAAAAAAUCGGAUUUCGCGGCACCAUGUUGAUCGGCGCAUUUAUAUCUCCCCUGGGCUUGAUUUUGGCCAGCUUCAAUACUGCGCUGUGGCAGCUCUACCUCACCCAGGGUCUAUUAGUCGGCAUUGGUGGUGCCUUUGUAUUCUCUCCCUCUCUCACACUUCCACCUCAGUGGUUCACCAAAAACCGUGCCCUAGCAUGCGGUAUCGCCGUAUCCGGAUCAGGUAUUGGCGGCGUCGCUAUAUCGCCAAUGACCCAGUCUCUUAUUGAUUCGAUGGGAUAUCGCAUGGCACUGCGGAUCUUGGGAGCAAUGAAUUUUGGCAUUUUAUUGAUUGCGACCGCGCUGGCGCGUUCGCGAUAUCGUCCACCACCAUCCAGCAACGGAAAUGGUUUCGGUGCCUUCUUUGACAAGUCAAUGAUGACGAUUCCGUUCUUGCUCUUGGUGAUUUUUGCGUUCCUGGUGCCUUUUGGUUACGUUGCCCCCUUUUUUCUUGCACCGACGUACGCGUCUUACAUUGGCGUUGACGCUGCGCGCGGAUCAACACUUAUUUCCAUAUUGUCGGGAAUGAAUGCCGUAUGUCGCAUUUGCCUCGGGUUCUUUGCUGACAGGCUUGGGAAUAUGAACGUCAUGUUUGCGUGUACUUUCAUGUCAGGGGUAUUUACGAUGGUCAUCUGGCAAUUCGCCAAUACAUACGGUGCUUUCGUGGCUUAUUGUGUUCUUUACGGUCUCACUGGUGGUGGAUUUGUGUCGCUUUUCCCUGUCGUUGCAGCCGAAGUUGCUGGUGUAGAACAAAUCCAGCGAGCUGUUGGACUAACCUAUGGCUUCAGUUUCUUCGGAAAUUUGGUUGGUACACCCAUUAUCGGUCUCAUCCAGACAGACUACGGCUGGACAUCUGCUAUUCAAUUUGGCGGUGCCAUGACCGUGGGAGCAUCUCUUUUUAUGCUUGCAUUACGAUUUACGAUUUUACCCAAACUGUUUGCUAAGAAAUAGUCAGAAGCAAUGACAACCGUAGAAAUAAGCUUCCUCUAACAGCAUCCGGCUAGCAUAUAAUUAUUUUUAUAUAGCUUACAUAUAAAAUGUACGUGUAUACCCCUCCUUCUUCCAUAAAAUAAAGGAAAAACAAUCACUUCAGUUCGGUCAA